AUGAAUAUCUACAAAGUUUUUAUAUUUGUUGUGCUUAUCUUAGCCAUUGCCAUGGGUCAAGCAAAAGCAGAUUUUUGGAAAAGGCUCGGCAAGAGAAUUGAGCGUAUUGGCCAACAUGUUCGAGAUGCCACCAUUCAGGUUGUGGACAUUGCUCAAAAGGCCGCAGAUGUAACUGCCACGGUUAGAGGCUAA